UUUUGAGUCGUGCUAGUAACAGGUCAGGUAAAAUUCGGGUCGGGUUAGGAACGGGUCGGGUAGAAUUCAGGUCGGGUUAAAUUCGGGUUUUGAUGGGUUAACACGGGUUUUGGGUCAAUUUUGGUUCAGGUUGAGUUCAGUUUAGACCAAUAAUUUACGGGUUACAUUUAGGUCAAGUCAUCUCCGAGUCGGUUCAUAUUCGGGUUUGGGUCUCAAAUACUCGGGUCAACUAGGGUCUAGGGUUGGUUUUAGGUCGGGUCAGGUCCAGAUUUUUUGGGGUUCAGAUGGGUCGGUUAAUAAUCGGGUUUGAGUCGGUAUUUCGAGUCGGGUCAGCUUUUGACAGGACUGGCAAGUUUAUUGAGCUCACGAAAUUGCGGCUAAAGCAGGACAACAUUUAAUUUGCUUUUCUAUUAAUAUGUAAUUUAUUCAAUCUUAGUCAAAAAAGAAAAAAAAAAUUGUAACGAAGAGACAUCUAUACUUAGUCUAUAUUUAGUAUUUAAAAACAAAAACCACAAAUCUAUACUAAGCCACAUGUCACCUCUCUCAAUCCUUUCUUUUUAAAUUUUCAUUUUAAUAUAAAAAAAUAUAUAAAUAAUGUUUGAGUCUAAGUUAUACUAAUUUUUGUUCAUUACAUUAAUAAUAAAAUAGUUUUUUCAUCUCCUAAACUUAAAUAUAACUUAAACUAAUGUGUCAUUUCAUGCCCUACAAUAUCUAUAUAUAUAUAUAUAUCUAAUAAAAUUCCACAACAACACUAACACUUUUCAAGAAAAAUAACCUAAAUAACAACUCGUGCAUCGAACGGGUCAAAAGACUAGUUGUAAGUUAUAUGACCAUGAAUAUUUGAAAUAAAUAAAAAAUAAUAAAAAAUGAAUGGACAUGUCUCAAUUAGAAAAUAACACGUGUUAUUCUCGAUUUACGCCUUUAAACAGUACUCCGUACUGAAGGAGUUAGCAAAUGAAGAAGUUUCCGCUAAAAAGUUUGGCGGGGUUUAAAAAGUUUGAAAAACUUUUGACAUUUCCCACCAAACUUCCUUCCUUCGCAAUCUUCUUCCCCCCAUCCUUUUAAUUCAUCCCCUUUCCACCAUUUCUUCCUCUUUCCUUCACAUUUUUACUUUCAUUUUUUCGAAUUCUGUCAAUCAAUCUCAAAACCUAAAACCCAAUUCUUCAAAUUCUUCCUCAGUAUAACUUAACUCUGACGACUUCACAAUAAUGGCGGAUUCGUCGCAUCUCGAAAGAAUGGGCCGAGAGCUCAAAUGCCCUAUUUGCUUGAGUUUGUUUAAUUCUGCUGUUUCUCUUACCUGCAACCAUGUUUUUUGCAAUUCAUGUAUUUAUAAAUCGAUGAAAUCAGGCUCCAAUUGCCCGGUUUGCAAAGUGCCUUAUCAGCGCCGAGAAAUUCGUCCUGCUCCUCACAUGGACAACCUGGUAAACAUAUACAAGAAUAUGGAAGUUGCAUCAGGGUUUACUCUCUUUGUCUCUCAAAGUGGACCCUCGACCAAAUUAGCAGAUGCAAAAGUUCAGGCUAAUGGUGAUUUGGAUGCUAUGAGGGAUACUGGUGAAGAAACUCCUAAGACUGUGAAGUGUCAAAGAACAGGCAGAGUAAAGUCUGUAUCACCACAAGUGAACUCAAAACGUUCAGGGCGCAACAGAGGGAAAUCUUCAUUUGCAACGAAUAAAAGGGUUCAAGUGCCCCAUUCUCCCACUACUGAAAGUCCAGCAAGACAAGAAAAAGACAGGCUUGUUCAAAACAAAGUAAUCAACAAUCAUAUAAAUAAGUGCUCAACAUUUCCUAGUGAACAUCAACUUUCAACUGAGAAAGAACGGUCACACAUGUCACCUUUCUUCUGGUUACGAGAAGAAGUAGAAAGGUCAAGUCCUCAGACUGAUGAGGAUCAGACAUUGACAUGUACCCCAAUGAAAGCCCCUUCUUUUAGUGAUCUGAAGGAUUCAGAUGAUGAUGUGCCCGCAGAAAAAUCUGUGGAAGAAGAGCCACUCAGCAAGUGCAAUAGAGAUAUUUAUGACAGUGAGAUGUUUGAAUGGACACAAAGAGAAUGCUCACCUGAACUUUGUUCAAGCCCCAUUAAGAAGCAGGUUGAAGAGACAAAUAGUAAUACAAUGCUUGGAAAGAAGGUGGAAGCAGCCUCGAGAGAUGCAUCUUCUGGCACUAAAUUGAUUACAGAACACCUAGCUAAUGUUAGCCGGCAAGAAGAGAAUACUAUGAUGGACCAGGAGCUACCUAGUAAUGCCUAUCCUAGAACAAAAUUUGAAGAUAGCCAAAAUGGGUGUAAACCUUCCUACAAGAGAGGUAGAAAAGUAAGCAAAGACUGCCAAAAGAACAAAAUGGAGGUUCGAGAGGCCCUUAAUGGUUCAAAAACACCCGCUGAAUUGAUGCAAUGUCAAGGAGUUGGUACUGAAAAUGUUUUAGAGAGUGCAAAAGCUUCUGGUACUUCUAAAAUAAGACAAAUUAAAUCAUUUGAUACUAUAUUGAAGGAAAUUAAUGGCAAUGCUCCUGCCAAGUUUCCUGACGCUUCUGGACAUAAAAGAGGUACUAUGAAAUUGGGAAAGUUAAAGAGGAAAUAUGACAGCAUUGAGCACAUCUAUGAUGCUGACUCAGUAAAAAGAAAGAAGCAGAAGGAAAAUCUUGCCCAGUCUGAUGUCAUUAGAGGAAAAUCCAUUGUGUCCAAUGACAAUCCUACGAAGAUGCGUAAAUUGACAUCUGUUCCUGAACAAGAGAUUUCUGCAAACGUUAAUUUGAUAGGAAAUGCUGCUGAUGGAGGUGGAAGUGUUCAAUUAAAGGCUCAAGCUGAAGGGUGUGUUCUAAGAAAAUCUAACAAUGAUAGUUCAGGAAAUCCACUAAAGAAGGGAAAGAUCUAUUGCCAAAAAGACAUACCAGCUUUGCGCAAAUGUGACAGGGUUUCCAUCAAAUGUGCUUUCUGUCAUUCAUCCAAAGAGACAGAGGCUUCUGGUGAAAUGGCUCACUAUUCUGAAGGUAGACCAGUUUUAGCCAAUCACUCUGAAGGUUCUGUCAUCCACUCGCACAAAAUCUGCACUGAGUGGGCCCCUAAUGUUUAUUUUAACGAUAAUAUUGCGGUCAAUCUUGAAGAAGAAUUGACACGAAGCCGUAGGAUUAAGUGCUCUUUAUGUGGAGUGAAGGGAGCCGCUUUGGGCUGUUAUGAGAAGAGUUGUCGCAAAAGCUUUCAUGUCCCCUGUGCCAAAAAGCUUCAAGAGUGUCGUUGGGAUGCUGAUCACUUUGUUAUAUUAUGUCCUCUUCAUGCCUCCUCAAAGUUGCCUUGUGAAUUGCCUCUAACGCAAGUCAGAAAACGCAAUCAAAAGGGGAAACCUCCUUGCCAAAGACCUCAGGCUGCAGUUAGACAUGUUACUAGCAUAAACAGGUGGGACUCUGGUCGGCCAGCUGAGAAAGUGGUCCUUUGUUGUUCGGCUCUUGCUACUGUAGAUAAGGAAGCUGUUUCUGAGUUAGCAAAGUCAUCUGGAGCUGAGGUAUUGGGUCACUGGAAUCCAAGUGUCACCCAUGUUGUUGCAUCAACGAAUGAGAAUGGAGCAUGUAAAAGAACACUCAAAGUUAUGAUGGGGAUCCUAGAAGGAAAAUGGAUAUUAAGCAUCAAAUGGGUUCAAGCUUGUUUAGAGGCCAAGAGACUAAUUGAGGAGGUUCCUUAUGAAAUCACUUCUGACAUUCAUGGAGUCCAGGAUGGCCCUCGUUUGGGUAGAUUAAGGCUUCUAAACAAACAAGCCAAGCUCUUUUCUGGGAUCAAUUUCUAUUUUACUGUAGAUUUUGAACCUUCAUACAAGGGGUAUCUACAAGACCUUGUUACUGCAGCAGGAGGAACUGUGCUACACAGGAGGCCUAUUGCAGAAACUUAUCAAAUUGGUGCAUCCCCUUCUCCAGCAUCAUCAACUAUCAUAGCCUACAGCAUUGAACUGCCUGCCAACUGUGAUCUUCGCAAGAAGAAUAUAAUUCUUGAAAGCAGGAGAUCAGAUGCAGAAGCUCUUGCCAAUUCAAGUGGAGCGAAAUUGGCGAGCAAUUCAUGGGUUUUGAAUUGCAUAGCUGGACACAAACUGCAAGAUCUGUGAAUGGCACAGUUGCUUAGUAUUCUGGAGCAUUUUGAAGUUUAGGUAGUCAAUAAGUUAAAUCAUUGGCACUGUAUUAAGUUAACUUUGAGGAUAUCUAAUCGUCUAUCAGGAACACUAGUUUAUCUGUCAAAUUAUAAUGUUGCAGCAUCUUUAAAUUUCCUUCUGUAUAAACAUGUUUGAAAGUUAUUGCUCAAAAUCAUUAAUUCUGUGUGUGAUU